AUGAUUGGUGCCACCAGCAGCAGUGUCCCCGCGGCAGCUGCGGCUCAGAUGGACCUGGGAGAUUGGUGUGAGGCCGGGAGGCCGAGCAUCAGCAGCCCCCCCCCCACCGGCAGACCCCCCACCGCCGUGAACUCCAGGCUGGAGCUGGCCGCCAUCAGCCCGCCUUGUGUAAUUUAUGAUGAAAGUGUCAUUCUCAGAGAUACACCACGGAUGAGGGAGUCCAGCUCGCGAGGAAAAUAA